UCCCUAAUCCCUAUAUUCUCUGCCGUAGUGGCGGGUAGGCCAUCGAUUCGAUCAUUCCCACCGAAAAACAUGUCCACCGAAAAAUCUCCAUCACCACCGGCGCCGGAGACGCCUCCGAAUUUCUGGGGCGACGCGCCCCCGGAGGAGUACUACGCCUCCCAAGGGGUGCGCAACACCCAAUCCUACUUCCAAACCCCCAACGGCCAGAUUUUCACCCAAAGUUUCCUGCCGUUGGAUCCGUCCGUCCCGAUCAAAGGCACUGUCUACAUGACCCACGGCUACGGCUCCGACACCGGCUGGCUCUUCCAGAAAAUAUGCAUCUCCUUCUCCACCUGGGGCUACGCCGUCUUCGCCGCCGACCUCCUCGGCCACGGCCGCUCCGACGGCCUCCGCUGCUACCUCGGCGACUUGGAGAAAGUCGCCGCCACCUCCCUCUCCUUCUUCCUCCACGUCCGCCGCAGCGAGCCCUACCGCCACCUCCCGGCCUUCCUCUUCGGCGAGUCCAUGGGCGGCCUCGCCACCAUGCUCAUGUACUUCCAGUCCUCCGAUCCCGACACGUGGACGGGCCUGAUAUUCUCGGCUCCCUUAUUCGUGAUCCCGGAGAACAUGAAGCCCAGCAGACUUCAUUUGUUCGUCUACGGACUCCUGUUCGGUAUCGCUGACACGUGGGCGGCGAUGCCAGACAACAAGAUGGUCGGGAAGGCCAUCAAGGACCCGGAGAAGCUCAAGAUUAUAGCUUCGAACCCUAGGAGAUACACUGGGCCCCCCAGGGUGGGGACCAUGAGGGAGAUUGCUAGGAUGUGCCAGUACGUACAGGAUAACUUUUCCCGCGUAACGGCGCCGUUUCUGACCGUGCACGGGACCUCCGACGGGGUGACGUGUCCGACGUCGUCAAAGCUGUUGUAUGAGAAGGCAUCGAGUGUGGACAAGAGCUUGAAGAUUUACGAGGGGAUGUACCAUUCGUUAAUACAAGGAGAGCCGGAUGAGAAUGCGGAGCUUGUUUUGAAGGAUAUGAGGGAGUGGAUUGAUGAGAGGGUUGAGAAGUAUGGACCUAAACCCUAAACCCCUGGCCGAAUGUGGUUUUUGGAUUUGGGAGGUGACAAGUUGUGUAAUUUGAUCUUGAUGUUAUAAUAAGUUGUAUUUUAACUUUUGUUCUUUCAUUUGGCAUUUUCAAAAUGAGUAGUGAGAUGUAUAGACUCAUUGCUACGUUCGUAACCUAGCUUGCUAUCAUGCGCAAAUGAGAUUACAUGGCA